UCACUUAUAAAUCCGGUAGUGAAAAUGUCACCGGUGCCCAGUGAAAUUACUACGGGAAAUAUGUUUGUUUUGCAGAAUUUAAAUGAAGAAGUUGCUAAUACUACUUCAAGUGGAGUACAAAAAGAAUUUCAAAAUAAUAAUAAUACAGAAUUUAAUAAAACUAUUUCGAGUGGAGUACAAAAAGAAUUUCAAAAUAAUAAUAAUACAGAAUUUAAUAAAACUAUUUCGAGUGGAGUACAAAAAGGUGAGUUGAACAAUAUAUACAUGUAUAAAAUAAUAUUUAUAUAUACUAAUAAUAUUUUAUUUUCAGAAUUUCAAAAUAAUAAUAAUACAGAAUUUAAUAAAACUAUUUCGAGUGGAGUACAAAAAGGUGAGUUGAACAAUAUAUACAUGUAUAAAAUAAUAUUUAUAUAUACUAAUAAUAUUUUAUUUUCAGAAUUUCAAAAUAAUAAUAAUACAGAAUUUAAUAAAACUAUUUCGAGUGGAGUACAAAAAGACCCUCUGGUUUUGUAUGAUGACCAUGAUGAGCAUAAUGAUGAUGAUGGUGAUGAUGAUGAUGAUGAUGAUGACCACGAAGUAAUCAUUUACGAUGAGGAUAAUCCAGAGCCAUGCAUCACAAGAUCAUCAAGUGAGGACAAAACUGUUCUUGUUGAAGGUGGAAUUAACAACUAUGUGCAAACUAUACCUUUAAAUUUAGAUAAGGAUAAUGAUGAAUAUACAAAAUCUAUUACUUUAAGUAAUGACGAUGAUAAAAUCUUUAUAAUAGAGGGUGGUAUAAAUAGUUAUGUGCAAACUAUACCACUAAAUAUUGAAGAAAAUAAGCAAAUUGAGUGUAAUUCUAAGAAACCAUUUUAAUUGUUCUUUAAAAUAAAAAUUUUAUAAUCUUGUUCUGGGAAAUUUUAACAUUAACCUCUAAUAAGCAAUGUUUGUUCUUUAAAAUAAAAAUUUUAUAAUCUUGUUUUGAAUUGUAAUACUAACCUUUAAAUAAAACCAUGUUUGUUCUUUAAAAUAAAAAUUUUAUAAUGCUGUUUUAAUUUGUAAUAUUUGGUUUAUACAUUACCUUCAAUUAACCUUUAAAUAAAAAGCGAU